AGGACAUCAACACAAGCAGCAACGACUGGGGUCGUGUCGUGAUCACGCUGUUGUGAUAGAUUGCACAACCCGGGGGCAAUUCGUCAUCGUAUUGUCAACUUUGAUAUUAAAGAUUAUCAGUGAAGAAGAUUCACCACCAGUUUUUGAAUUUGUAUUCAGCAAUGGUAAAAAAGGUCCUAUUCUUUUUGUUUUUCUCACACACACACACACAAGGAAUUCGUUGUGGUCACCGCGAUGUCGAGAGUCACAGCGAAAGUGCUCCGGUUCAGGGCAGAGUCACAUCUUGUACUAUCAGGUAAGACAGAUUUCGAUUUCAUUCAGAUUACAAGACAGCAACAGUAUGGCCACGAGGCAAAGUGGUAUUUUGGCUUACAGAUAUAUCUAUUGUAGUGUAUGCGUAUAAUUAUAUAUAAACGUCAGCAGGUGGCGAAAAAAAGCGCCACUGUCUCGGUGAAUACGAGGCCGAAACAGAUAAAUGGAUAUACGUAACUAACAUUCUUUUUUUGGCGGAAGAUUACUUUCUAUGUUCCCGAAGCCUGUGCUCGCAAAGAAAACGAUGUAGCGACACACUUUAUGUUUUGUAUUGAUUCGACUAUCUUAUCACAUACUAUACUCAUUAUGAUUAUCGAAGCAGACGCCAAAGAGCAACGACGACUUACUUGUCAGCGGUAAAAAUAGUUCACAGAUUAUCACAGUAUAAAAGCGAAAGCUUGAAAGCCACGUAAAAAUUAGUUGAUACACAUCA